GAACUCCGGCCAACAGUCGUGCCUGUCGUUCCACGCGUCCUCAAUAGGCUGUACGACAAGGUUUGUUUGGUUUUUAUUAUUUUUUUAUACAAGUGUUUUAGCUUCGUCAUUCGCAGUGAUGGUUUCUUUGAUAAUCUCGUGUUUAAGAAAGUCAGAGAGAGCAUGGGAGGACGUGUAAGACUCAUGGUCACUGGUUCUGCACCUCUUUCGGAAAACGUUCUCACUUUUGUGAGAGCUGCUAUGGGAUGCGUGGUUGUUGAAGGUUACGGCCAAACGGAAUGCGUUGCUAAUUAUUUGUUAUCUGUUUUCUUUUUUCUUUUUUCUACGAUUUUCCUAUUUCUCUUUCAGGUUUCAAUGGAAGGUGAUGCUAAUGCAGGACACGUUGGAAUGGUCGUUCCUGCUGCAAGCAUUAAACUAGUAGAUGUGCCGGAAUUAGGAUAUUUUGCCAAGGAUGACGCUGGCGAGGUCUGCAUAAAGGGCCCAAUCGUUUUCCGCGGUUACUAUAAGAACGAGGAAAUGACCAAAGAAGUACUCGAUGAAGAUGGAUGGCUUCAUACAGGUGACAUAGGCCGUUGGUUGAAGGAAGGUACUUUGAAGAUUGUUGAUCGGAAGAAGCAUAUCUUUAAAUUGGCGCAGGGUGAAUACGUUGCACCGGAGAAAAUUGAAAACAUCUAUGUGAGAUCGAAGUUUGUUGCUCAGUCCUUUGUAUAUGGAGAAUCACUUAAAACUUGCCUCAUCGCUAUCGUUGUUCCCGACGCCGAGAGUCAUCUCCAACUAACUGGGACGUUAGAAGAGUUAUGUAAGAAUAAGGACGUCGUAAAAAUGGUGCUCGAUGACAUGGUUGCUGUAGGAAAGAAGGGUGGAUUGUUCUCAUUUGAGCAGGUGAAAGACAUUCGCCUUUCCCCAGUCAUGUUUUCCGUGGAGAACGAUCUCCUUACGCCCACGCUGAAGAGCAAGAGACCAAAGUUGAAGGCUCACUUUGCCGCAGAGCUUGCUGAAAUGUACUCCAAACUCGUUUAA